AUGUUUCCCAUCAUAUUCAUACACCUGGCACGUGAAACUAAGCGUGCAUUAUUUACAGAACCAUUUCUAUUAUGGGAGAAACCAAGGCAAAUUUGGGGGUUACAUGCACAUGACAUAAUAUCCACAGUUGAGAUCUUUCAUCGUUCCUUCACAUUUUCUUUCAUUUCUCAUCUUCUUUCUUCAUUAUUAAAUUAUUCAGAACCAACUUACACCAAGUUCGUCGUAAACGCCACCGACCUUCCCUUGGAAGACUACUACGACUACAUCAUCGUCGGAGGAGGCACCGCCGGCUGCCCCCUCGCAGCCACAAUUUCACACUCCGCCCGCGUCCUCCUCCUCGAGCGGGGCGGCCUCCCCCACCGCCACCCCAACCUCAUGUCCCAAGAAGGCUUCUUGGCCACUAUCCUCGCCGCCAAUGCGCACGACCCCUACUCACCAGCACAGUCCUUCACCUCCGACGACGGCGUCCCCAACGCCCGCGGCCGCGUCCUCGGCGGCAGCAGCGCCAUCAACGCCGGAUUCUACAGCCGCGCCGACCCAGACUUCUUCACCCGCUCCGGCCUCCAAUGGGACCUCAACCUCGUCAACGAGUCCUACGAGUGGGUGGAACGCGAAAUCGUCUUCCGGCCACACCUCCGCACCUGGCAAUCCGCUGUUCGCGACGGUUUGCUGGAGGCCGGAGUCGCACCGUACAACGGUUUCACUCUGGAGCACGCUAAGGGAACCAAGAUUGGAGGAUCCACCUUCGACGAGCGCGGCACGAGGCACAGCUCCGCCGAUCUGCUCCGGUACGCAAGAACGUCGAACAUAAAGGUGGGGAUCUACGCGAGCGUGGAGCGCGUGCUGCUGGCAUCUUCUUCGCCAAAGUCAUCAUCAAGGGUUUCCGCCAUUGGCGUUCUGUACCGUGACCUGACAGGAAGGUACCACCACGCGAUGGUACACAAGGAGGGAGAGGUUAUCCUGUCAGCGGGAGCAAUCGGAAGCCCUCAGCUGCUUCUACUGAGUGGAAUGGGUCCUCGACCGUAUCUUUCUUCGUGGGGGAUUCCGGUGGCGCAUCACCUUCCCUAUGUAGGGCAUUUCUUGUAUGAUAACCCUCGCAAUGGGAUCACCAUUGUUCCGUCAGUUCCUCUGGAGCAUUCCCUCAUACAGGUGGUGGGCAUCACCGACUCUGGUGCUUACGUGGAGGCUGCCUCCAAUGUGAUCCCAUUCGCGUCUCCUCCUUACAGCGUCUUCAUUCGUACUCCUUCUUCCCCUCUGUACCUCACAGUGGCCACCCUCAUCGCCAAGAUCUCUGGUCCCCUCUCCAGCGGCUUCCUCAGGCUAGGCUCAACGGACGUGCGGUUCAAUCCAGUGGUUCGGUUCAACUACUUCAACAACCCCGUCGAUGUGGAGAGGUGCGUGAAUGGCAGCAGGAAGAUAGGAGCUGUUCUUAAGAGCAGGGCGCUGAAUGAUUUCAAGUUCAGGAACUGGCUUGGAGCCCAAGACUUCAGGUUUGUGGGCCCUGCCCUGCCUCCUGACCAGGACGACUUCCUCCAGAUGGCUGACUUCUGCCGCCGCACUGUCAGCACCAUAUGGCACUACCAUGGCGGCUGCGUCGUCGGCCGGGUUGUGGACCCCGAUCUCAAGGUCAUCGGUGUAGACUCCCUCCGCAUUGUGGAUGGCUCUGUGUUCAGUGUCUCCCCUGGGACCAACCCUCAGGCCACCCUCAUGAUGCUUGGACGGUAUAUUGGACUCAAGAUAAUUAGAGAUAGGGAGAAAAACAAAUAAGAUUUUGUGUCACUAUUGACUGUGUAUUCAUUGAUUCUUUAUGUUCAUAUGUUAGGACUUGCAACUGUAUUAUAGUCAUUAGUUACAUUCUUUUUGGUGAAUAAAUAAUGUUUGAAUUGUUGAAUUGUUGUAUUGAAGCAGUGAUAGUGCACUUG